AUGGUUGUGAGGAGCAGGGAUGAGGAUAAGGAUAAGCAUGAGUUGAGAAGGUUGAGGAUAAGGAGAAGAAUUGAGUAUGAGAAGGAUGAUUAUGAGAAAGAUGAGGAUAAGGAGAAGGGUGAGUAUGAAAAGGAUGAGGAUAAGGAGAAGGAGAAGGAGGAGGAUAAGGAGAAGUAUAAGAAGGAUGAUUAUGAGAAGGAUGAGGAUAAGGAGAAGGAUGAGUAUGAAAAGGAUGAGGAUAAGGAGAAGUAUGAGAAGGAUGAUUAUGAGAAGGAUGAGGAUAAGGAGAAGGAUGUGAAGGAUGAUUAUGAGAAGGAUGAGGAUAAGGAGAAGGAUGAGUAUGAAAAGGAUGAGGUACAUCCGAACAUGUUAAUGUAG